CUCACGUGACUGCGGAAGCCGGAAGUGGUUGUGAUUGCGGAAGUGUUCUUUCGUCGAGUCCAACUUCAGGACGCUGCCAUUCUUCUUUGUGCGACAUCUUCCUUCAUGUAGGAGCUGACCGGUCUUCCACCUUGGAGCGCGGCCAUGGCGGACCCCAAUGACGUCAGUCUGCAGCCCGAGGAGCGAGUCCGCAUCCUGAUCAAGAAGGGCAGCUCAGUGGAGAUCAACGAGCAGGUGCCCCCCCGACGCUACUUCCGCUCUGGCAUGGAGAUGAUCCGCAUGGCCCACGUCUACGCUGAGGAGGGCAACAUCGAGCACGCCUUUGUCCUCUACAACAAGUACAUCACUCUCUUCAUAGAAAAACUGCCCAGGCAUCGGGACUACAAGACGGCCAACAUCCCUGAGAAGAAAGACACACUGAAGAAACUGAAGGACGUGGCUUUCCCUCAGGCCGAGAUCUUGAAGAAAGCUCUGACCAGGAGAUUUGAACUAGAGUAUGCACAGUACCUGGUCAAGAAGAAGGCGGAGGAGGAGGCGCAGGCGUUAGAACAGUCCCGGCAGCGAGCGCUGGAUGAGGAGCGUGAGCGUGUGGCCGUGAUGACGCGGCGCCAGCAGGAACAGGAACAGUUCAGUGCCUUCGAGGAGAUGAUCCGCCGCCAAGAGCUGGAGAGGGAGCGCCAACGCGUGCUGCUGGAGUUUGCCACGCCCUCCGCCCCAGCCCCCGACACGCCGCUCAUUCCUGGCAUGCAGGGGCCCCCCGCCCUCUCGCCCAACGACCCGCUCGGUCCCAGGGACAUGUCCGGCGGCAUCAACCACCAAGACAAUCGCACCUCCGCAGUCGUGUCCCUGCCCACCUUUGACCGCACCCUCAAGCCCGGCUCAUUGGUCAGCCCAGGAAACAACAAUGUGACGGUGGAUGCUCUUCGGCAGCUGGCGGUUCCUUCAGAGCUGUGUAGGCACUUCCUGCGCCUGGCGGAGGCCAACACCAGCCGGGCCGUGGAGACGUGCGGCAUCCUGUGUGGAAAACUGACCAGGAACAUGUUCACCGUGACACACGUCAUCGUUCCCAAGCAGUGUGGAGGACCCGAUUAUUGUGACACCGAGAACGAGGAGGAGCUCUUCCUCAUCCAGGACCAGUAUGACCUCAUCACGCUGGGAUGGAUCCAUACACACCCCACACAGACGGCCUUCCUGUCCAGUGUAGACCUGCACACUCACUGCUCCUACCAGAUGAUGCUGCCUGAGGCCAUCGCCAUCGUGUGUUCGCCCAAGUUCAAUGAGAUCGGCUACUUCAAACUGACGGAGCGAGGAACCAACGAGAUCUCCUCCUGCAAGCAGAAGGGCUUCCACCCUCACAGUAAAGAUCCACCUCUGUUCACGGGGACCGUCCUGUCUCCUUCACCCUGUACACCUCAGACUUCCAGUACAGUUCCAGGUCCUGUCAUCUGCAGAAAUUCUCGGACGACUUUGCUGUGGUCGGGUGUAUCAAAGAGGGACAGGAAUUGGAGUACAGGACACUGAUCGCUGACUUUGUGGAGUGGUCUCAGGCGAACCAUCUGGUCCUUAAUGUGGACAAGACCAAGGAGCUGGUCAUCGACUUCAGGAAGAGAGUGACCGCGGUGGAGCCCAUCAAGAUCCAGGGCCGGGUGGUGGCAGUAGUGGAGCAGUAUAAGUACCUUGGAGUCCAUUUGAACAGCAGACUGGACUGGAAGGACAACUGCAAAGCUGUUUACAAGAAGGGCAUGAGCAGACUUUUUUUCCUGAGGAAGCUUAGGUCCUUUAAUGUGUGCAGCAAGCUGCAGGAGAUGUUUUAGCAGUCUGUUGUGGCCAGUGCACUGUACUUUGCAGUGGUUGGUUGGGGAAGCAGCACCAGCAAAAGGGACUCAAACCGGAUUGAUAAACUGAUCUGGAAAGCCGGCCAAACUAUUGGCACGCAGUUGGAGGUGUUUGUGUCAGUGAAGGACAGGAGGACACUGGACAAACUGCUGGCCAUCAUGGACAAUCCUGCCCACCCACUCCACCUGACAAUUAAGGGACAGCAGAGCUCAUACUCCAACAGGCUCCUUCAGCUUCCUUCCCGCACUGUGCGAUUCCAGAACUCCUUCAUUCCACACUCCAUCCAGCUGUAUAAUCACUCACCAUACAGCAGUAGAUGAUAUCUGCCUAUUACCUGACACCUGACAUGUUAGCUACUUCUCUUUGUUUUUAAUUUUCUGCUGGAUCUACUCUCUAUUUUAUGCUGCUGCUGUCAUAUAUACUGUAAUAUUGUACAUGGUCAUUGGUAUAUAUUGUAUAUAUGUUAUAGACAUAAUUUAAUAUAUCUGUAUAUAUAAUAUACUGUACACAUAUUAUGUAUAUAUUCGUAUAUAUGUUAGAUUUUUUAUCGCUAUAUUAGUCUAUUUAUACCUGCAUUGUCCUUUCCAUCCUUACACUUUACAUCAUUGUAACUGAGCUACUGUGUUGAACAGUUUCCCUUGUGGAUCAUUAAAGUUUGUCUAAGUCUAAGUAUAUAUAUAAUGUAGUAACAGAGGCCUUCCCAACAAUAUGUAAUAUGUACAAUAUACACACUGCAAGUAUAUAUAUCAUGUAGUAACAGACACCUUCAUAACAAUAUGUAAUAUGUACAAUAUACACAUUGCAAGUUUUAUAUAAUGU